AUGGCCGCGCCGCCGCCAGCCACCGCGUUCCACCUCUUCUGGAGCGCCACGGGUCCCCAGCGCCCCUCCCAGCCACCUCCUCCCACCGUGGCCCGCCUGAGCCCGUGGUUAGCCCGCCCGAGCCCGUCUGGGCCCGGGUCAGCCCGCACGUGUCGCCGCCUGGCUUCCCGCGCCGCCGCCGCCUGGAUCCCGGCGCCGCCCGAGCGCCUCGCGCUCGCGCCCUCUGGCCGGCAACCGCCUCUGCCGCCUCCUCGCUCGCCGGAGCCCCGCAUCGCCGACCCCGCCCCUGCCGUCGACCCUCGCCGGUGCCCCGCUGGAGCUCUGCUCCUCCGCGCCGCCCGCGCCCGCCCGCCGCCUCCCUCCUCGUUUUCAGUGCCGGUAGUUUCCCCCGCCGCCACUUGUCGCGCACCCAAUGGCCGCGCCGCCGCCAGCCACCGCGUCCCACCUCUUCUGGAGCGCCACGCGUCCCCAGCGCCCCUCCCAGCCACCUCCUCCCACCGCGGCCCGCCUGAGCCCGCGGUCAGCCCGCCCAAGCCCGUCUGGGCCCGGGUCAGCCCGCACGCGUCGCCGCCUGGCUUCCUGCGCCGCCGCCGCCUGGAUCCCGGCGCCGCCCGAGCGCCUCGCAAUCGCGCCCUCAGGCCGGCGCCCGCCUCUGCCGCCUCCUCGCUCGCCGGAGCCCCGCAUCACCGACCCCGCCCCUGCCGUCGACCCUCGCCGGUGCCCCGCCGGAGCUCUGCUCCUCCGCGCCGCCCACGCCCGCGUGUCCCUCGCCGCCGCGCCCCUCCGGCGUUCGGCGCCUCCCCGCCGCCGCGUCCCCGCACCGGCGCCCGCCGGUGCCGCCUCCUCGCCGGAUUCGCCCCGUCCCUCGCCGGAGUUCGCCUCAUCCCAGAUCCGGUCCGGGUGGAUGAGAUCCACCAGGACACCGUACCAAACGCGCCGCCCCUGGACCGCUUCACCCCGCUGCACCACCCCGUCCCGUUUUCUGCGAGGUGA